AUGUCGACAAGUCCAUUUAAUCGAACAAAUUCUUCAUCAAUGUUUUUAAAUCUUCCAACAAAUACUCCAACAAAUAAUUUUUAUAAUUCACAAUUUUAUUCAAAUGCAUUACGAAAUCAUUUUUUAUCUCCAUUUCUUCUUCAACCAUUAAUUCCAAGUAAACCAAAUACACUUUGUUUAUCAAUACAAAAUGAAUCAUCAUCACCAAUACAUAUAUCAUCUCCAACAACAACAACAACACAAAAGAAUAAUUCAAUUGAUGAACAAGAUCAAGGAUCAAAUUUAAGUGAAGAUGAAAGUAGUAAUGAUCGAGAUAGUAAACGACGACGAACAAGAACAAAUUUUACUAGUAUACAAAUUGAUGAAUUAGAAAGAGCUUUUCAAGAUGGUCAUUAUCCAGAUGUGUAUAUGAGAGAAGCAUUGGCCAUGAGACUUGAUUUAAUUGAAUCACGAGUUCAAGUAUGGUUUCAAAAUCGACGAGCUAAAUGGAGAAAAAUGGAAAAUACAAAAAAAGGUCCAGGUCGUCCACCACAUAAUGCUCAUCCAACGACAUGUUCGGGUGAUCCAAUAUCAGAAGA